UCGAGAGAGAGAGGGCACAAAAACUAUGGAGAGAAACACGAUUCAGGUCGAAUCUCUUGACGAAGAAGAUGAUUUCCUACUAGAACUCGCCGCAAUUGAAGCUGAAGCGGCAGCGAAACGCCCUAGGGUUUCUUCUAUACCGGAAGGACCAUACAUGGCGGCUCUAAAGGGAAGCAAAAGUGAGCAAUGGCAGCAAAGUCCGUUAAAUCCGGCCUCUAAAUCACGCAGUGUUGCUGUUACCACCGGCGGUUUUCAAAGAUCAGACGGAGGAGGCCUCGCCGGUGAACAUGAUUUUCCGGAGAAGAGUUGUCCCUGUGGAGUAGGUCUUUGUUUGGUUCUUACUUCUAAUACACCGAAGAAUCCAGGACGCAAAUUCUACAAAUGUCCCAAUAGAGAGGAAAACGGAGGUUGUGGAUUUUUCCAGUGGUGUGAUGCGGUUCAGUCUUCUGGAACUACUACUCAUAGUUAUGGAAACACUAAUGAUUCUAAGUUCCCUGAUCAUCAAUGUCCCUGUGGUGCGGGAUCGUGCCGUGUUUUGACUGCGAAAACAGGGGAAAAUGUUGGCCGGCAGUUUUAUCGCUGUCCUGUUUUUGAGGGCUCUUGUGGUUUCUUCAAAUGGUGCAAUGACAAUGCAGUCAGCUCUCCUACAUCGUAUAGUGUUACCAAAAACAGCAACUUAGGUGACUCAGAUACCAGAGGAUAUCAAACUGCAAAGACGGGCGCGCCCUGUUAUAAAUGUGGUAAAGAAGGACACUGGGCGAGAGACUGCACCGCUCAAUCUGGCAAUCCGACGUAUGAAGCAGGCCAAGUGAAGUCAUCCUCUUCAAGUGGAGAAUGUUACAAAUGCGGGAAGCAAGGACAUUGGGCGAAAGACUGCACCGGUCAAUCUGGUGAUCCACAGUUUCAAUCAAGGCAAGCAAAGUCCACAACCUCAGGUGGAGAUUGUUACAAAUGCGGAAAACCAGGACAUUGGGCAAGAGAUUGCACUUCGGCUGCUCAAACUACAAACACUCCAGGCAAAAGACAGAGGCAGUACUAGGUCAGGCUUUCUAGUUCUGACUUCUGAUCUGUCUUAUACAAAAUCUUAGGGUCUCUCUUAAAAUAGUUAACCACACCAUUGUCAUGGCCAAUGGGUGUGCCUAACUUCGAAACCUAGCUUUAUCUUCCAUCUUAUGAAUCUUUCUUUUGUUAACUUUUUUUUAGAAGCUUGUGAAUUAAAGAAGACUGGUCUGU